UCUUUUUAGUUUAUCAAUUGAAGAGACCAAAUAAUUGUACAAAUAUCUUAAAUCUAUCCAUUUCUGGUGUAGCACAGCCCACAGCCACAUGAAGUCCUUUCCAGAAAGCUGAAUGAAACAAACAACAAACCAUAAAACAUGGGAGCAAUAAACCUCUGUAUGCACAUUCCAUCACAAUCCCACAUCUUAAUGCUUGAAAAUCACUGCACAACCAUACAAGACUUAAAGAAAAUCCAUGCACACUUCAUUAAAACAGGCUUGGCUAAGCACACAUUACCCAUUAGCCGUGUCUUAGCCUUUGCUGCUACUUCCCCUGCAGCUGACAUUAACUAUGCUUAUUCGAUCUUCACCCGAAUUCACAACCCAAAUAUCUUUAUGUGGAAUACAAUCAUUCGAGGUUUCUCUCAAAGCUCGGCUCCUCAAAAUGCUAUCUUACUCUUUAUAUACAUGUUGAACCAUUCUAAUAUUGAGCCUCAAAGGCUUACUUACCCUUCUCUUUUUAAGGCUUAUACUCAAUUAGGCCUACCGCGUUCUGGUGCUCAACUUCAUGGAAGGGUUAUCAAAUUAGGAUUGGGAUUUGAUCGUUUUAUAAGGAAUACGAUCAUUUAUAUGUAUGCAAAUUCCGGGUUUUUGAGUGAAGCUUAUAAGAUCUUCGAUGAGGAGGGGGAUUUCGAUGUGGUAGCAUGGAAUUCGAUGAUCAUGGGGCUUGCAAAAACAAGGAAGAUUAAUGAAGCAAAGAGAUUAUUUGAUAAGAUGGGGUUAAGGAGAAAUGAUGUCUCAUGGAAUUCUAUGAUUAGUGGUUGUGUUAGGAAUGGAAAAUUCGUCGAAGCUAUGAUACUUUUCGAGAGAAUGCAAGAGGAACAAAUCAAGGCUAGCGAGUUUACAUUGGUGAGCUUAUUGAAUUCUUGUGCAAAUUUAGGAGCCCUUGAGCAAGGGGAAUGGAUAUGUGAUUAUAUACUAUGUAAGAAUAGGUUUAAGUUGAAUGUUAUUAUGGUUACUUCAAUUGUGGAUAUGUACUCUAAGUGUGGCGCCAUUGAUAAGGCACGUGGAUUCUUUGAAUUUGCACCAAUUAAGGGAUUAUCAAGUUGGAAUUCGAUGAUUUUAGGAUUGGCUAAUAAUGGGUGUGAAGAGGAAGCAUUCGAGUUAUUUUACGAGCUAAUUUCGUUGAAGAUAGAACCAAAUGAAGUUACAUUUCUAGGACUUUUGAUUGCUUGUUGUUACAAAGGUUAUGUGAAUCAAGCAAGAGAUUUUUUCUUGUUAAUGAAAGAAAGAUACAAAAUUAAGCCAUCAAUUAAGCACUAUAGUUGUAUGGUUGAUGUUUUGGGUCAAGCAGGCUUGCUCAAUGAGGCAGAACAGCUAAUAAAAAAGAUGCCAAUGGAGCCAGAUGCUAUUAUUUGGGGAUCAUUACUCUCUUCUUGCAGAAAAUAUGGAAAUGUUGAGAUGGCAAUACGAGCAGGACGUCAUAUUAAUGAGAUUAACUCCAAUGAUAGUGCAGCUUAUAUACUCAUGUCUAAUGUCUAUGCUGCUUCGGGCCAGUUUGAGAAUGCCAUCGAGCAGCGAGUUUCAAUGAAAGAGAGGCAUGUUCCGAAAGAGAAAGGAUGUAGUUCAAUUGAAGUCAAUGGGCAAGUACAAGAGUUUGGUUCAGCAGGAAAACUGCAUCCUGAUAUUCAAGACCUAAUGUUCUUUUUACAUUCUUACUAUGAAGAUAAAAAUUUAUCAAUAGAAGAAGAGAAUAUGUAAAAAUGAACACAAUUCUCUAAUGAGACUAUUUUAUGGUGAGACUAUCUCUAUUGAAUUGACUAUGUAUAUUUAGUGUGUUAAAGUGAUCAAUUAGAGUAUUAGAUUAAUUAUUUGGACACUGUA